AUGCCAGUUGACUUCUUGGCUAGUAUUGCCUUUGAUGGUCCAGAGGCUAUUCCAUAUUGGGAACAAAUCAAACAAUAUGGUCCCACGGUGAUACCCAUUCUUUCGAGUAUUGCUUUAGGUAAAUACUACUUUCGUGGCGCCACCAACACUUGGGAACGCGACAUGCAUGGGAAAGUUUUCAUGAUCACUGGAGGCACCUCAGGAAUCGGUGCUGCAAUUGCAUAUGAAUUGGCUACCAAAGGUGCACAACUCAUUCUCCUUACUCGAAGAACAAAUGAUCUAUGGGUGGCAGAGUAUAUCGAAGACUUGCGUGAACGCACGAGUAAUCCAUUGAUUUAUGCUGAACAGUGUGACUUGAACUCGCUCCAUUCGGUUAGAAAACUUGCCACUAGAUGGUUGGAUAAUGCUACUCCGAGACGAUUAGAUGGUGUCAUAUGUUGUGCUGCUGAAGCCAUACCAAGGAAUUUAUCACGUCAAAUCACUGUUGACGGAGUAGAAAAGCAAAUGGGGAUCAAUUACCUAGGCCAUUUCCAUUUGUUAACUUUAUUAGAGCCAAGUUUAAAGCUGCAACCUCCUGAUCGAGAUGUACGAGUAUUGAUUGCCACAUGUUCGUCGCAAAAUUUGGGUGAGGUUGAUUUACAAGAUUUGUUGUGGGAAAAGAAGCAAUACCCUACAAGUCAACCGUGGAAAGUUUACGGAACAUCCAAGUUGCUAUUGGGGAUGUUUGCCAAACAUUACCAAAAGAGAUUAAUGGAAUAUGAACGAAAAGAUAAAGCACCAUGUAAUAUUCGUAUAAAUUUAGUGAAUCCUGGAUUGGUGAGAACUCCAUCUACAAGGAGAUUUAUUUCAAUGGGGACUUUAUGGGGAUUGAUGCUUUAUCUUGUGACAUUUCCUAUUUGGUGGUUGUUCCUCAAAAGUGUUUAUCAAGGAGCACAAACUUUUUAUUUCGGAUUGUACGCUCCAAUAUUGAUGAAAAUGGAAGGUGGCCACUUAUUGCAGGAGUGUAAAAUCAUGACUAAAGUAAGAAAUGAAAUCGAUGAUGAUGAGUUGCAAGAAAAAGUUUUUCAUAAUACAACUGAAUUGAUUAAAAAGUUGGAAAUCCAAUCAGCUAUCGAACGUAAAAAGAAUAAGACACAAGAGGAAAUUGAACAGGAGAAAAAAGCGGAAUUGCAGAAGAAGAGGGACAUCUCUGUUCAACCAAAAACAACUGAGGAGUUGAAUCAUAAAUUGAAUACCUUACGAAGUCAGAUUGGAAUUGGUGGUGGGUCAUCUGUGACCAAUAGUGGAAGCGAAAUGCCCUUGUUUCCGGACGAGACUGACUUGAGGAAUUUGAAGAACAACGACAACAGCGGUAGCAGCAGCAAGCUGAAUCAAGCAAGUGGUAAGAAAUCACACAAGAAGAAAGGCAAAGGUAAAAAGUAG